AUGUCGGUCGUGACGUGUUCACCGCUGCUGGAAGGGGGAGCUACCUCUACCUUGGCACAAUGGAGUGUUGGAGGGGAGAGGAAGGAUGCGGUAUUGGCAGUAGCUGUUGAGGAUAGCCCAACUACAGCAGAAGUGCUAUUGUUCACUGUGGAAGGCGUUCGGGCCCCAUCGUCCGAAAGGAAGGGACUAACUACUCUAUUCGUAGGCUGGCUUGAUGGGGCCCUGCAGAGGAUCGACAUGGCUGAGAGUGUGAGUGUGAAGCAAGAGGUUGAUGUGGUUGAGAGGAGAUCGGUCGAUGGGGACCACGAGGUGCACAUAGUUGCCGGGGAGUGUUGCCCAGACGGGCGUAGUCUCGUCACUGCCACCAGCGAGGGAAGCCUCACUAUGUGGGACGUGGAUGAGCCUGCUGGGAAGCUCGAGAUGUGA